CAACGGCUUCUCUCUCUCUCUCAGGAAACCAAACUGAGGUUCUAUCAUGGCGUUCUCAUCUUGGUUUUCUCGUUUCCGUUCUUCUUCAAGGAACAUUUACAGGACCAUCGAGAGCUCAUCCGUCUACCAUUUUCGCACUCAGAGAACGUACAUCCCUGAAACUUUGUAUUCCGAGGGGACUAAACCAGUGCUAUCAUGGUCAAGCUCUCUUAUUCCCCUCGCCGUCGCAUUGUCUGCUGGAUCAAUUGUCUUUGACAUUGGGAGAAAUCCUUCGAUGUGCGAUGCCUCCGGUGUUAAUGAUUACCGUGGUGGCACCGUUGGGGGCAAAGAUAGCACGGACCUUGUUGUUAAAGGUUCUCGCAAGGAAGUCGCGCAAGAGCUUAUUGACGAAUUGAAGGCCAUUUGUGGAGGAAAUAUGACGCUAGAUUAUGAUGAGAGAUACUUUCAUGGGAAGCCACAGAACAGUUUCCACACAGCUGUAAAUGUCCCUGACAUUGUUGUUUUCCCAAGGUCUGAAGAUGAAGUCUCUAAGAUUGUCAGAUCUUGUAACAACCACAAGGUUCCUAUUGUACCUUAUGGUGGAGCUACAUCACUUGAGGGUCACACCUUGUCUCCACAUGGGGGUGUAUGCAUUGACAUGUCAUUGAUGAAAAAUGUUAAAGUACUGCAUCUUGAAGACAUGGAUGUGGUUGUUGAGCCUGGGAUUGGAUGGAUGGAGCUUAAUGAAUACCUGGAAUCUUAUGGUCUUUUCUUUCCGCUUGAUCCAGAAGUCUCUACAGUGGCCACUGGCCAAACUACUGCACAAGGGAAUCAUCAUGAUUAUCCCUCUUUUCCAGUCAGCCCAGUAAAGCUCGAUGGCACCAAUUAUUUACUCUGGUCCACAUCAGUUUUUCUCUCCAUUGAUGCAAGGGGUUAUAAGGGAUAUAUCUAUGGUACCACUGUCAAGCCAAGUGAGGCUGGUUCAUUACAAGACAAGUGGAGUUCAAGUAACUCUCUUGGUGAACUGACCUUAUCCGAAUAUCACUGUGAACUCCGUAGUUUGUGGCAGGAGCUUGACUAUUAUGAUAACUUUCAGCUUGAUUGUCUUUCUGAUAUUACCAAAUUUCAGCUUAGGGAGGACAAAUUUAGAGUAUACACUUUUUUGACUGGCCUUAAUGUGGAAUAUGAUCAGCUUCGGUCUCAAGUUUUGAGUCGUUCACCUUUUCCCACUUUGGAGCAAGCCUACUCUUUGAUACAAUUGGAAGAUACUCGUCGUUCCACCAUGUUACCAACUACACAGCCAGAGAGAUCUGCUUUAAUUUCUUCUGGGGGUGGCUCUUCUAAUACUGGUACCCGUUCCUCAUUUGAGAAGGAACCUCUUAAGUGUACCCAUUGUGGAAAAGAACGACAUACUGUGGAUUAUUGCUGGAAGUUGCAUGGUCGGCCAUCUGAUUCAUCUGAUGGUGGUGGUGGUAGUCGUGGUUGA